AUGAGCGGAAUACACGUGGAGAACGAAGAUCUGCGCGCGUUGGUCCUCCUCGCGUCUUCCUCGGAUUCGUUUGGAAAUCUUCGAGAGGAAAUCGAACAAGAAACAAGAGACGACGCGACGACGGAAAUCCUCCAUCGAAUCCAAUCGAACGCCGUCUGCGUCGUGGAGUUGUUACAAAAGAUGGACGCGAUAUUAACGAGCGAAAACACCACGGUGAGAGCGAGAGCGACGGAAGUUCUGGCGAAAUGCGUUCGGUCUGUGAGCGUUAAAACCACGGAGCAGCAGAAAGAAGAAGAACAACAACAACGCGUGAGAGAGAGUUUACUGUUGACGCAGUUUUUCGCGAGCAAGUUGAGAGAGUUGUGCACGUUAACGCACGGGUUGGACGGGAUGUCGCACAGUUUGAGAUGUUUGAAACGGGCGAUGACGUUUGAUGACGAGGAGGAGGAGAGAGUCGUGAACAGUCGCGUGAACGACGAGGGCGGCAGUAGUAGAAGAAGAAGGAGAUAUAAAGAUGCGGCGAUGAUUAACCAAUGCAUCGAUGGCUCGAUAAAAGAGCUUUUCGAGCACGUGCACGCGCCGAGUUUAGCGCACAGAGAUCGACAGAAAGUAUACGCGGUUUUAGAGGAGUUGUUGAGGGAGUUUCCGCGAGCGACCGUGCUUGGCGGCGACUUCGACGACGACGACGACGGAGGGUCGAAAAAUAAGAAUAACAUUAGCGCGAACGAAAGAGACGAAAAGAAGAAGAAGGCCGUCCGGAGAUUGGAGAGCAUCGUGGCGAAUUGCGACGGGGAGAGAGAUCCGAGGAACGUGUUAGCUUUGUGUAGAUUGUGGCGAGAGCUGCCGAAAGCGUUCAACGAAGCUGAAGAAGAUGUCGUAGACGCCGCGGAUAGUACGACCACGACAACGAGCGCGCAAGCGUUCGUGGCCAACUGCGAGGAAGUCUACGAUGUUGUCGCGGCGUAUUUUCCUAUUUCUUUCAAACCGCCGCAAAACGAUAGCGUGAAAAUAACGAGGGAAGAGUUAGCGAGUGGUUUAAGAAUUGCGAUGACCGCGACGAACUGUUACGCGCCUUUUGCGAUACCGCACGUGUUGGAAAGCGUUGUGAGCGGCGGCGAAAAUGAAGGCGCUGCUACUGCAGUCUCGGGCGAAGCUUGCGCAGAUGCCAUCGAUUGUCUCGAAACUAUGGGUUCGAGUUGGCCAGACGAGGACAUCGCGACGGAUGAAAUCUGUAAAAAUGUUUGGUCCCGGUUGCGUCUGUGCGUCAUUUCUCCGAGAGAUUUGGAGUGGUCGAAACCGGUGCGAAGAGCGACGGCGAGGUUGUUUGCGAACGAAAAUUCGACGUUUUCCAGGAAGAUUUUGAAAUUAGCGUUAGACGAUCAAAGUAUAAACGCAUGCGAGCAAGCGUUCAAAGCGUAUAAAGCGCACAAGAAGGAACGAAGCAAAGAUGCGCCGACGGCGAUGGAGUGCGGUGGUGACAGUGACACAGAACAAAACGCGAUGGAGGUGGACGGAGAAAAAGAGAACGAAGGCAACGGGUGUUGUGGGGGAGGGUGCAACAAAACGCAACACCAAGAACAUUCAAGAAGCGACGAGAUUGAAACAACCGCGAGAGUUGCAGCGGCUGUCGCGGGACGGUGUCUCGGUGCCGCCGCCGCGGCGAACGUCGCCGCGGCGAAGGUUGCCGCGAGCGAAAAACUGAAAAAGUUAUUAGGCGCCAUUCGAGACGAUGAAGAGGAUGCGAAAAAUAAUUCCAUGCCGCAUUGGCGUUCGAUUGCAAUGGUUCUAAUCACGCCAACGAUUGGUGGUGCGCUCGACGCCGCGCUCCUGUCCUCCUCCUCAUCAUCAUCAUCAAAGAGUUCCGUAGAAGAAAUAUUAGGAAGCGAAUUGCGCGAUAUUCUUCGCGAUACGCUCGUUUCUGGACUCCGCUCGUUUACGUGUAAAACGAAAGACCACGACGGCGUCGUGUUAUCCAUCGCGUGCGCUUCAGCGUUCCUCCAGUUCCCAGAGUUUUCGAAAGUUGAGGAUGCGAACGCGAAGAAAGCAUAUGCGGAUGUCUUGGAAGCUUUGUUUUGGGUUGCCACGACGGCAUCGAAUGAAGAAAUUGUGUUUAGUAAUAAGGAGGAGAAGAACAAAGAUGACAGCUCGUCGCCAACGCUCGCCGACGAAGCCGACGACCGAAGAUUACGCGUCAACGACGCUCUCGUCGUCGCCAUAAACUCCGAGGAAUCGAACGGAAUACUCGCUGGCCAAACGAUAUCGAAUUUAAUCGAGAAAGCGCUUUUCGAUGAAUCCAAUGGACACGCCGAUCGCCGCCGCCGCGCUUUGGAACUUUGUCUCGCGAUCGUGACCACAAACAAGAAAGACACGAACAUCAACGGACGACGAUCGUUUCGUGAGAAUAUUGUCGGUGGGCUUGCAAAAUUAAUCGCGGAAAACCCCGCGUUGCGUUUACGCACGACCACCGCUUCGGACUGUUUACUCGCCUGUUUGCGCGGACGAGCGUUGGAGAAGGAAAUCAUCCUCGCGCCGGGCGAACCCCCCCAAGACGUGAAGAUGAGCGAAGACGCGCUUUCGGCGGAGCUGUGCGCUAGACUCGUGCUCGGUGGGCUUGGUUUCGGUAUACCCGAAAUGAACUCCAACUUCGCGUGCGCUACGAUGGCGUGUUCCUCCUCCGAAGCGCAAAUCGCGUUGGUUGGUUUGUGCGCGUCCAUCGUACUCGGCCAAGCGAAAGGGAACUUCGAAAACGCGUGCGCAAGUCUGUGCGGCGCGCGUGCGGUCAUUUUAUCGGACGAGAAUAACGAGCUGUUGAAAUUGACCGCGCAAAGAUUAGUCGAUGUCGCGUGCGCGACGAAGCCGUACGAUACGUAUUCGAGUCUGAAGAGACGAGCGGCUUUGCACUCGCUCGCGUCCAUGGUGCACAAAAGAGGCCUCGAUCGAUUCUUCCCGAAUGAAGAGAAGACAAUGUUUUCUAAACAUAACGUUCAAAAGAUGGUUUUUGAGAACGAAGAAACGAGCGGGGUAUUGCUCAGAGCGCUUCUAUUUUCACCGAGCGCGAAAACGGCUUUGAAUACGGCUAAACUUGAACUCGUCUCGGCAUCGUUUCUUGAGUUGUUACUCAAAGGCGACGAGGACGCGAGAGCGAAACACGUCGCCGGAGCCUUUUAUCGAGCCAUCGAAGAGGAAGAGAUGAAAAAUCGCGGAGAUGCGUUCGAAGAGGAAGAUGAGAUAGGGCACUUCGCGCAUUUGCUCUGCAGUUCUUCUUCUUCACCACUCGUUUCACUUUCAACAUCUCUUCUUGGAUUCCGAUCGUUCGACCACGGCUUUCGCAAACCGGUGCGGGCGCAACGGUACGUCAUGGAAACGACGAAAGGAAUUCGCGAACUCGCUCAGAACAAGAUGUCUCUUCACAUCGCUUCCGCCAUAGUUGCUCUCGCUUCCAGCUCAUCCGCCCUCGUCGCUUCCUCUUUAGAGAGCGGCGAGAACUGCGACGUCCUCCUCUCCUGCGCGGCGACGGUGUUAACGAGGACGACUUCUACGAAAGAGACAACAUCCGACACGAUCCCGACCGGAGCCUCGGUCAUCGCCUCCGCCUUCUUCAACGCUCCGUCCACCUACGACAGAGACACGCAUCUCACGGAAAAGCACGCGAGCAAACUCCUCCUCGCCUUAUGCACCGCGUGCAAAUCCCCGUCCGCCUCGGUCGAUUUCAAAGUUCGCGCGUUGCGCACGCUCGCCAAGUGCGGUACAACCUUACCGUUCAACGCCAUCUACCCGUGUCGGUUUGAAGUCCUCGAGAACUGUCGCGCGUUUUUAGACGAUCCCAGAAGGAGAGUCCGACGGAGCGCGGCGAAAAGCUGCGCCAGUUGGGCGCCGUUGUGUACUAAAAUCUAG